AACUGGCCAUCCAGUCCAGGUUGUUUCUGAGCACCUUCACUCUAGCGGUUUCAGCUGGAGCUGUUUUGCUUUUACCCUUCUCAAUCAUCAGCAAUGAAAUCCUGCUUGCUUUUCCUCAAAACUACUAUAUUCAGUGGCUAAAUGGCUCCUUGAUCCAUGGUUUGUGGAAUCUUGCUUCUUUAUUUUCCAACCUUUGUUUAUUUGUCUUGAUGCCCUUUGCCUUUUUCUUUCUGGAAUCAGAAGGCUUUGCGGGCCUGAAGAAGGGAAUCCGAGCCCGAGUUUUGGAAACUCUGGUCAUGUUGCUGCUUCUUGCAUUGCUGAUUCUUGGGAUGGUAUGGGUGGCUUCUGCCCUGAUUGACAGCGAUGCUGCCAGCAUGGAGUCUUUAUAUGAUCUCUGGGAGUUCUACUUGCCGUAUUUAUACUCCUGCAUUUCACUGAUGGGAUGCUUGCUACUUCUCUUGUGCACCCCAGUUGGCCUUUCCCGUAUGUUCACAGUGAUGGGUCAGUUGCUGGUGAAGCCAGCGAUUCUUGAAGACUUGGAUGAACAAAUAUAUAUGAUUACCCUAGAAGAAGAAGCACUCCAAAGAAGACUACAUGGUCUGUCUUCAUCAGUGGAAUUCAACAUAAUGGAAUUGGAGCAAGAACUUGAGAAUGUAAAGACCCUUAAGACAAAAUUAGAGAGGCGAAAAAAGGCUUCAGCAUGGGAGAGAAACUUGGUGUAUCCUGCUGUUAUGGUUCUACUUCUUAUUGAAACAUCCAUUUCGGUCCUCUUGGUGGCGUGCAAUAUUCUUUGCCUGCUAGUUGAUGAGACUGCAAUGCCAAAGGGAACAAGGGGUCCUGGGAUAGGAAGCGCCUCUCUUUCCACUUUUGGCUUUGUGGGAGCUGCACUUGAAAUCAUUCUGAUUUUCUAUCUCAUGGUGUCUUCUGUUGUUGGUUUCUAUAGCCUCAGAUUUUUUGGAAACUUUACACCCAAGAAGGAUGACACAACUAUGACAAAGAUCAUUGGGAAUUGUGUGUCAAUCUUAGUCUUGAGCUCUGCUCUGCCUGUGAUGUCAAGAACACUGGGAAUCACUAGAUUUGAUCUACUUGGAGACUUUGGAAGAUUUAAUUGGCUGGGAAAUUUCUAUAUUGUAUUAUCCUACAAUUUACUCUUUGCCAUUGUGACAACAUUGUGUUUGGUCAGAAAAUUCACGUCAGCUGUACGAGAAGAACUUUUCAAGGCCCUAGGACUUCACAAACUUCAGUUGUCACAUACCUCAAGGGAUUCAGAAACUGCGAAGCCUUCUGCGAAUGGGCAUCAGAAAGCACUGUGAGACCUGACUGCCUCAGUAGGAUUCUGCAGCCAAGUCCUGAUGACAACUCCUGAUUCCUGACAUUCCCACAGAUACUGAUCAAUUCGUGGUGGGAUCUGGGUCCACCUGUCAGUGCUACCUUCUCAUCACUGAGAACUUGGCACUGCUGAUAAGUUUCUCAUUUGAAUUUUCUGAUUGACUUUAGAGCUUUUGGUUAAACCCUGAGUCUUAGAGACUGAGGAAAAGUUGUAUGUCUACAGCAGGGAGCCAUCUGGAUGAGAGAUAAAGAUGUGCCACCAGGCAGACUUGGACUUUCUUAGGCUUUGCUUUAUGACAUGAGACAUUUGGGUCUGCAGGCAGAAGCCUGCCUGAAAGUUGCUUGGUACUCCAAAACAUCUUCAGAAAGUCUUGGAAACUUCUGUACUAGUAGCAAACUAAGAUUUUUAUUUCCUUAAAAAACCAAAAGCAAGAGUUUGAUUCAUAUUACAGAAUCUUCAUUAGACUUCGAGCCAAUGGAAAAAUACUAGAUUCUUUUCAAACCUGAGCCUUGGUGGGCAGCCCCAGGACUAUCUUUUUGUGGUAAGCUGCAGUAGGAAGCAUACAUAUGUGAUUGUAGGUUUGGAUGUUUGUGUGUAUACACUCGAUAAUACUUCUCACAGCACAGUGACAGUGUUGUACACACUUGUAACUUAGACUUUGCCUUAUAGGCCAUAUGUACAUUCACUUUUUAAAACCUUUUUAAAAAACUGCUUCACUUCCUGUGCUUGUUGUGCCCGUGAAACCCAUAGAUGGAAACUGCUGCUGCUGCUUCUUCAUGUCUCUCAGGCUUUGGUGACCUUCAUAUACACCACCUUAAGUCUCCACCUCAGGAAAGUUACCAGAACUUAAAGGUCAUGGAAGUGCAGGUGCAGUGUUAUAUGAGCUCAUAAUUUUUCAGUUGUAAAUGUUGGGAUGGUUUCUCAACUCUCGAGUCUACUGUUAAAACACACUUUGAGUACACGCCGUUGCUGUUGCUAGGUAGCACACAAUUCACAGAAAUAUAGUGGUGCUCACAUGCACUGUGUGGCUGACAAUACAGGGUUGUGUUCAGAAAGAAGUAAAACUUUUUCCCUCAAAUUGUUGAAAAUAGUUUCUUUUGGAGAAAUUUAUGAAAAACAGGUUGUAUCUGACAUAAUUUUUUAUUUUUUACUUAGAAAAAGAAGAAAAUUUAGCUGUACUUUUACAAACCAUUGAGUCCACUUCUUUACUUACAUUGUAGCAUUUCCUGAUUCCUAAGGUUAGUUUUAAGGAAAAGGACCAUUGGUGCUGUGGCUCUGAGUGACUCAGUGCAUGCCUUCAGUGAGCACUGGUAGAUUCCUGAGUGUGAGCUCCUGCACUAGCACAAUGCAAGCCAGCUGCUGUCAAAUUUCCAUUAUCAUUAUGCCCAUGUUAGUUAAUGCCAGGCUCUGCUUUUUAUUGAAACUUGAAACUCAUCCUUUGGGCAGACCAAGUGAAGGAGAGAUCUUAGUUUUUUUCACUGCAGUCACUUUCAGUGCACACCAUUUGACGAUACAUCAAACACAGAGCUCCUGGCUAAUCUGUAAGGUAAGGUGUCUGAAAAUUUCAUAAAAUAUUAAACUUUUCAAUAUGUCUCAACUUCAAUUUUCUUAAUGUUCCUGUGUGUGUGUGUGUGUGUGUGUGUGUGUGUGCGCGUGUGUGUGUGUGAGCGCGCGAGCACGUGCUUGAGUGCGUCCGUCUGUCUGUCUGUGUCUAUUCAUGAGUGAAGAUCUGAGGACAACUUUCAGGAGUCAGUUCUUCCCUUUGACCGUGUGUAGGCCUGUGAUUGAAUUCAGGUGUCUUUACCUGAGGAGACAUCUCACUUGCCCUGCAUUGGCUCAUGUUAUAUGUCUUAUGUUUAUUUCUUAUUGUGAACUCACAUCAGAGACUGUGAAGUGGCACUGGUGUACAGGAGCAUAGGGGCAGGAAGUGGGCAUUCCUUCUAGACACAUGGGUAGCUCUGAAACCUAUCAAACAGGAAAUGUAUACCUCUAGUUCAUGGCUUUGGAACACAGUCAAGAAAACUAAGGUGUUUGACUUGCCCCAUUCUUGAGUAAAGAAUUAGGUCAGUCUGGACUGGCCAGAUUCCAGUGACUCCCAUUGGCUUGUUCAGAGUUGUCAGCAGACAGAUCUUGGAGACAUCACUCUUUCUGUGUGUUGAUGGGCACAGCCAGCAUAGCUUGCCUGCCCAUGCACCUUGUAUGUGGUGAACCUCUUUCUCUAUUCUUUACAUGCAGCCCACACUUACUGCAGAUCAAUAUGCAGAUGUCUAACAUGAUUUGAUUUUAAAAUGAGACCAAUUUUAUGGAUGUAAUGUGCAAGGACUUAGAGCUUGAAAAAACAGUAGUAGCAGCCACCUUCAAGGGCUGGCUGCCCUUGUCACACAUUGCCUGAAGCACUUGCUAUCUCUUUCUCCCUACUCAAACCUUAAUUUUAUUUAGGACACAGGAAGCCUGAAGUAGUUCCAGCUUUGACUACACUGCAGAGUAGGAAACUCUGUAGCUACUGUCUGAAAAGUUGGUACCAGCCUUGGCCCUGGAAUUCCUAAGAACAGAUAAGGAGCCCUCAUAGGAACUGAACGUACUAGAAAAAAAAAAAAAAGAAAGAAAAACAAGAAAACUAUAAUCUAUCUACAAAUCAUUACCUCUGUCCUGAGUGGUAAGGAUAGCUAAUAGAGGACAUGUGGCAUUUCAGUUUUAUAAUGAUGUGUCUCAUGUGCUUUGAAAGUAAAAAAAAAAAAAGCUUACAAAGCUUAGUAAGAUUGGACUCCACCCCAGCUUGUUUUAGUCUUCUAGAGCUCUCACUGCUGUUAGGUCCUGGAAAAAGCCUCAAAAAACCUAUUGUUGGCUCUCACAGACCACUUCUGGACCAAAAUGCCCUGAGAAUGUGCUUCUUGGCCAGUAUCUUACUCAGUUCAUGAGUUACUGAGAAUAUCUAGGGAUGAGUUAGGUCUGAUGAAGAAGCAGCAAUCAUACAAAUUCAUAAGUGUGGAAGAACUCAUGUCUGUCCCCCAUGUAGGGAGAAAGGAAGACUUUAUAAUUGUCCACAGCCUAGAGCAUGCCAGCCUCCCAAGUAUGAUUAAAGUCAAAAUUCGAGGGAACAGUGAGAAGAAAGCUUUAUCUUGCAAGAAUGCUAAGACAUCUGCUAAGUUAAGGAGGAGAUCAGUUCAUCACAAUAAAGACUGCUCUGAGGAAGAAGCCACAUUGAGAGUUCUGUGGCCUCUGAACCUUACUGGCAUGCAGUAUCCCAAUCAGGGCUGUCACCAAUGUCCAUGUGACAGUCAACGAAAGACAUGGCAGAAUAGUAAAAGUUUGUACUGUCUUCUUGAAAGGUACUUUUUUUUUUUUUUAUAAGAAAUUUACCUGAGUUGUUACUGACGAUUGCAAGAUCCCCGAGGCCUUGCCUUCAACACUAGAAUUUUCACUGCCCCCAGAACCCCAACUAAGUUGAUACCUGAUGUGUACUUCACCCCGAGGACCUGUUUGUUGCCAACAACUAGCAUCCAUUCCUGUGUCAGUAGAUAUGGACUCUGCUACUUCAGCAGCAUACAUUACCAUGGACAUUCAUAGGCUCCAGGGAUGGCAAUACCAUCUCAGCUUGUAUAUGGCCUCCCUCCAAGGCCAGAGCAGUCAGACUCCUGGAACCCUUGCUACAUUCCCAUUAGAUACAGACACACCUGCAGCUGAGUUUCCUGAGUAGAAAAGUUGGUCUCUGAGAUGCAGCUUAUCUUUGUCUCCAAUAAGUCUCCAAAUGUUGUAAUAGUAUGUCUCUAAUCAUUAAGAACUUUAUGAGCAUUAGCCUAACAUAUACAUACUUAUCCACAAAUUAUUUUUCUAUAUUAUAAACCAAAAAGAGCCAUUUAAAAAAGGGUAAAAUACAAAUAUAGAUUUUAAACACUUCUUACAUUGUGUAGGGGGAAGUUCCUGAAUCCUGGCUGUACCUUUGCUUGCUACCUGCUUCUCUGCUAUGCUCCCAUCCAGGUUGGGAGAAGACUAUCCAACCAGCCUAAGCAUGGCAAACAUGGCUCUGGCAGGCUCUGCCCGAACCCCAUUCACUCUGCCUUGCUAAAAAACCAUUAGAUUACAUGCCUAAACUAGCCCCCAGGGUCUAUUCCCAUAUUUGGCCACUUCCUCUUCCCGAGGCUGACUACCAAGGUCCACCUAUCAAAGUAUUGAAGCCCAGCAAUCAAAAGCCCCCCUUGGUUUACCUAAUUAAGAUGCCCAAUUAAAAUCAAACCCCUCAUUCUAACAUGGUUUCCCCUUUUACAUUCAAAAACUGCCACUUGCCUAUGUGCCAUGUCUGUCUCCUCUCUAUCCAGAGGCAGUUCUUUGUCCCUCCAGGACAAACACCCCUUCUUCCCUCUCUCCCUUGUUCCCUUCUCCCUUCUCUAUUUCCUGUCUUUGUCUCUUAUUCCCUGCCCUUUGUCCCUCUGGGGCAAAUACAUCUCCUUUGUGCUAAGAACUUAGUGUCGAGCCAAUACUGGUCCCUUCACUGGGAUACUGUCUCACAUGGACACUGUCUCCCAGCACAGUCAUCAACAUGCUCUUUCCCCAAAGAGAACAGAUCCUGGUGGAGGCUGAGGCAAAAGACACUUAAAUCCUUGAGAUAUAAAGAGCAAGGGAGCUUGAAAAGUCUGUAAGAUAGACACCCCAGUACUGAUUACCAUAUUGCUAAUUCCGUUGGAUGGGUCUUUAUCUGUUCCAGUGGCCGGGAGCCACCUGAGCAGAGCUGCUCAUGGACUACCAUGUACACUAAAUCUUAGCACUAGUCUCUGUGUCCAACCUGGGCCUUAAAGUAUUAAAAAAAAAUCACUAUAUCUAUGCUGACACCCACACACUCCCCCCCCCAUCCUUAGUUCCUAAUACUGUGCAGCAAUGGUUCAGAGGGCACUUACACUAUACUAGGCAUUAUAAUUUAGAGGUGACUUCAGAGUAUGUGAAGAGACAUAUGCCAGUUACAAAGGAAUAAUGUACUAUUUCCUAUCAGGGACUUGGGCAUUUGUGGUGUCUGGCAUUGGAACACUGGUGCCAAUUCUGUGGGCUCCAGGGAUUUUCAGUUGUCUGUCUCACAUACGACGACAGGAUUCUGCACCACUGUCGUUAACGUUUGGUUUAACUUGUUUUGAUGUGGAAUACCACUAAUAUUUUUCAGUUUAGAUGUUAACAGUACGUCACUAUACUACUAAUCUAUUAUAUAAAAACAAAGGAAAGAUACUUAUGCAUUGGAUAAGUGUGUCAGUUUCCUGGCUGUUGGUCAGACACUAGCUAUAUUUUGAGUAACACUAUUCCUCAUUUAUUUCAAGUGACUAAACUCACAAAUGCACAAAAUACUUUUUAUAUAAUAAAGACUACAGUUAGAUGGGUCCUUAUAUUUCCUUUGUAUAAUCACAAAGGACAGACAGCAGUGUAGUACACAACCCAAAACUCAUACAACUCAUCAAAAACCAAGGUAGGCUUUUUACCCCCUUUGUAGUUCUAGUCUUAACUUCCUGAACAUAAAUUCAGCAUUCAAGAAUUUUCUUUUGGUAACAGGAGCGGCAGAGAGGACAGGCAUGGAAAGGGGCAUUGUCUCCCAAGGAAAACUCCUCCAAGGCCAGGAGGCAGGCAUGGUGGAACAGGUGUGCACAGGACAGGAGGACUGUCUUUCGGGGACGCUGGCUGCUGGUUUCUACAGCUGCUUGUUGACAGUCAGCAUGGAGGGAGAGUGGAGUCAGGCAGAUGGAACACUCAUAGAUCUCCCGUCCAUUCUGCAGAGGCAGCCAGGAGCUGGCCUGAAGCCUACCUGCACUUGGAUUUUCUCCCAGUCCUCCUCAGUCAUCUCAUGGCCACACCUGUCAUCUAACUGCUGAAGAAUGCUACGAUUUACAGCCAAGCAGAGGUCGAUUUCUGAGAAGAGUUCAUCUAUGUUGGUGUUGUAUGAGCACAGGAUUCGGUGGCUGAUUUCUGUGAACUGAGAACAGAGGCAUUGACUGGAGCAUCUGAAUGACAGGGUAGAGUCAUUCUUGAAGGAGGAACUUGGCUUCCCUUCUCUCCAGAAGCUGUCAUGAGGCCCCACUGUCAUGUAACAGGAGUACCCUCAUCUCUGAGGACAGCAGUCCUGAGAAAAGCCUAGACCAGACCAGGUCAAGCUACCUGUCUCACUGUCCUUAGCUGUUUCCUUUUUGGGACUUUACAUUCUUCAUCAGUGAGAGCCCAGUUCACUGCUGCUUAGCUGUUGACUCAGGUCUUGUCUUCUGUAAGAAGGUGCCCAUGUCACAGGAGACUUUGUUAAGUGUUGAUGCUUUUCUCUUGCUAAUCUGUCUUUUGUUGGUCUAAUUCAACAAUUUAGGGAAGUAUAAAAAAAAGAAAAGAUACUUUUUCCUCUGCUGCAGUUAGCAAGGAAUGUGUCUGGGACUAAAGCUGACAGGAGGGAGGGAUUAGAAUCUUAGAGGACUUACAUCGCACAGUGUCUAACUUCUUGGCACUGCUACCAGGCAUGUGGAGACUAGAGCUAUCUCUUAUGCUUUGCUCAUCUGCCUGUGAAGCUGUGGCUCCAGAUUAUAGAUGAUCUUAGUGUAAGCAGAAAAGAGGAAAUCCAAGCAAAGGAGGGUUGUCCUUUUGCUUUCUUUUUUCCCAUUAAGCUCUAAGGUCACAAUGUGAAACACGUCUUGCCUAAUGACUUUAAAAAUCUUCCUCUAAGCACAGAUAGUCAGUUUAUGGAAAACUAAGAUGCCCCACUACAGAACAGAUCCCUUGGGACUUAGGUUGGACUCUACACACUAGUGUCAGUACAGAGGCAGCAUCUGCAGCGUGUGCAUGCCAUCUGAAGCGUAACCUUCAAUCAGUCUGUAGUGUUCCUCCAAACCCAGCCACUUUAUAAAGUUUUUUAUAUAUUACAAAAACAGAUUUGGGGAAGCAGCUGGUCUUAGGACAAAUGACUUGGGCGUUAGAUGCUGGUUGGCAGUGGCAAGGUAUGUAGUCAUCUCCUAAUGGCAUGAACAGGAGCUGCUGGAUGCAUCGGGCUCCCAACACUUUGAAGCACACACUAGAAUGAACUACUAUACACACACAGGAAGGCUGGGCAUUCCUGGGCAAGUUUCCCAUUAGCUUUACCUACUGCUAUUAAAUAGACCUUAAUCUGCCCGCUUCCUGACUCAUCUGGAUAUGUCUGCUGUGAUUCUUUCUCGUCUGUGGUUGUACCUUCUACAGUUACAAAGGUUUGACGCUGUGCCUGCCCUUUCCUCACGAUGCUGUCACCCUAUUUUAAAAGAGCAAAGUCUUGAGUACUAUAUUAGAAAUGUAACAUGCCUUAAACUUUAAUGGGGUUUGUGUCAAGAUAGUAAGGAGGCAUGGUGAUGCACACCUAUAAUCCCAGCAGUCAGGAGACUUGAGGCAAGGGGUUAAAAGUUUGAAGCUCGCCUGAGCUACAUGAGACCCUGUCUCAAAGUGAUUUUUUGUUGUUAAGUGUCUUGCCAACAAAGUUGUAUAGUGGUCUGCUCCAACUCAUUUUUUUUCUGUAAGUUUUCAUGACUUAUUUUUCUUAAUUAAAACAUACAUUAAAAUGUA